CGUUCUCUCCGAAACUAUCCACUAACAAGAAGCGCGCGCGAGACUCCCCUUCCUCCGCGCUUUCUCGAAAUCCGAGCAGCGUGAUCUCUUCCUCUUCUGGCUUCUCUACUGUGAAUUUUUCUACCACAUGUGACUUCAAGCUGCUUGCUGUCUCGUGUUUCUAUUUUUUUUUUUUUUUUCCUUCUAUUCUUCGAGACGACAAGAAAUAAAGGGGUUGAGUGCGAGAAGAGAGUCUCCGGGGCAAUAUUAUAGCCGGCACCACGGAGUGGGAGGAGGGAGCAACAGUGUUUCUCUCGCUCGUUCUUGCGAAAAGCGAGGGAGUCCGUUGCGACUGGCGCCUCUUCGCUGGAGGUUAUAAAAGUUAUCUCACCCAGAGACCGGCGCGUUAGUGCGCAAGUGGUGUGCGUUAAGAGAGAAUAAGCCAGCGGUUUACGGUGCACGCUAGGUAUACUCGGUGCGGGAGCUGGGCCAAGUAGACACAAGCAGGCGAUAUGGAUGAGGAACAAGUUCAAAUGCUCCGGAGGGCCUUCUCCAUGUUCGACUCGACAAAGUCAGGCAAAAUCGAGAUAGACAAGGUCCGCACGAUCCUGAACACGCUGGGACACACCUUCGACGACCACGAGCUUGACGUCAUGCUCAAAGCCGAGGACGUUGACGGAUCGGGCCAUCUGAACUUCGACUCGUUCUACCGAGUGGCCUGCCAUUUCCAAGAGGAGGACGACGAGGCGCUGCAAAAGGAGCUGAAGGAGGCCUUCCGCCUUUACGACAAGGAGGAAAAGGGCUACAUUCCGACGAGCUCGCUGCGAGAGAUCCUCGCCGCCCUCGACGAUCAGAUAACACCCGAUCAGAUGGACGGUAUGAUCGCGGAAAUCGACACCGAUGGCUCCGGCACCGUCGACUUUGAUGAAUUCAUGGAGAUGAUGACUGGUGAUUGAGGAUAUGGCGAUGAUUAUGGUUAUGAUAUAUAUAUUCAACACAUUGUUUAUAUGCUACGUGUACAUUAUUAAUAUAUCUACAUCUUAAUGUUAAUUUAUUUGUUGAUAAAGAGCGAAUGAUUUUUAUUUAAUAAAUAAUAUACUAUUUUUUCAUCAGAUUA